AAUGUCUCCCCAUCUCAUUCUCGGCCUCCUCUUUUAAACCCUACAAUUUCAGCUUCAACCCUUCUCUGUUCUUUUCUCAGUUGCAGCAGCUCUCUCUUCCUCGCGCUAGGGUUUUUAUCUCUCCUCCCGUCGAUCAAACUCUGCACUGUCAAGAUGUUUACUGCUUCGAGGAAGAUUCAAAAAGAAAGGGGUGUUGACCCAACUGACCUUGAGGAGAAUCUUGCUCAGGCAAUAUUUGAACUUGAGACCAACAACAAGGAUAUGGGAAAUGAGUUGAAGGAUCUGUUUAUCAACUCUGCUGCCCAGGUUGACAUUUCAAACAACAAGAAGGCUAUUGUUGUCCAUGUCCCAUACAGAUUGAGAAAAGCUUUCCGCAAAAUUCACAACCGUUUGGUCAGGGAGCUAGAGAAGAAGUUCAGUGGCAAGGAUGUUGUCUUCAUUGCCACCAGGAGGAUCGUGAGACCCCCAAAGAAGGGUUCCGCAGCCAAGCGUCCCAGAUCCCGUACUCUCACCUCAGUCCAUGAGAACAUUCUUGAGGAUCUUGUGCAGCCUGCUGAGAUUGUUGGCAAACGUUGCAGAUACCGUCUCGAUGGCUCCAAGAUCUUGAAGGUAUACUUGGAUCCCAAAGCCAAGAACGACACAGAGUACAAGCUAGAGACCUUUUCUGGUGUCUACAGGAAGCUUUGCGGGAAGGAUGUAGUUUUUGAAUACCCUGCUACAGAGGCUUAAGCUUGCAAUCUUGAUGUCAUCAGAAUUUUGUGUUUAUCAUUUUCAAACCUUGUCUAUUUGUUUCUUAAGAUAGUUCUCCAUUAAGUUUUGAGCUGCCAUGGAAUUAGGGAUAACAUUACAACUAUGAGAUUUAUCUUUUAUGCCAAAGAUUAUAAGUUUUUGGAAGUUGCUUGUAGAACCUUUUUGAAGUUAAAUUGCUGCAAUGUUCACUGAA